AUGGAGCAGAUCGGGGACGCCGUCGAGUCGGUGAGCUCCUUGAAAGACUUCAAACUGCGACUGACGCUUCAGGGCGCUUGUGAAGCUGCAAUCUGGACAGUCGUCGGCCAGAUUGCACGGGGCUUCAACGCCGCUGCUCAGCAGCUCUUCGCACACGCCCCAAGGAGAAAUCCUCCGCCCGACGUUCUCCAGUUGUUGGUCAAGCUGUACAUUGACAGAAUCGCAGAUCAACCUCUGCCUCUAUUUGACAUCAAAAGCCUGCCGUUUAGUGUGGAGAAAUUCUCACGACGGCUUCUCAGGAGUUUCCUUGCCUUGACUGUUAGGUAUUCGGACAGCGAUUUCUACAGUCGCAUACGAUCUCCCGCCGCAGAGUUCUACAAGAACCGUGCGUCCGAGGAAUUAUACGCUCGGGCUGCAGAGCCAACUGGUGACUUAGAAACUCUUCAGGCGUUUUGCCUGCUGUGUCUCAGCGAGAUCGCAGAUGGGAAAUCGACCAAGGCUUGGAUGGCGCUGGGUGUGGCUGUGCGUAUGGCCGUAUGCUCAAACACAAUGCUCAGUACAGCGAAGACCGCUUCUCCUAACACAGAGCUAUCGAGAUGUUACUGGAGCUUGUUCAUACUUGACCGAAUGCACGGGAGCAGCUUCCGGGUCCUUCCAGCCAUUUCUACUGAAGAGAUCAUGCCUGAAAUGCCCCCGUCAGCAAAACGGCCUACAUCAACCCUGUCAGUUAGGCCCCCAGAGUGUGAAGUUGUGGAGGAGAAGGACUCCGGCAUCAACUCCUACGCUUUACAAUUGUUAUCAAUAUGGGGUCGCUUGAUGUCCUAUCUGAAGACUAUCAGACAAGGCAAUCUUGAAGAAGCCUGGACAGCCAACUCAGUCUACCAACAGAUCAAGUCUGAAAUGUCGCGAUUUGAAACUGUACUUCCAGAAGUCCAUCGAUUCAAGAACACUCGAUUUCAUGACAGACGACUUCCGGAACUCGAGGCGCAGCGUGGAUAUUGGGCGCCCUGGGUUUUCACACAGUGCAUAUACCAUACAAUACACUGUACCCUGAACCACCCUUUUCUCCAUAUUGCUAGGAUUCCCGGUCGACCAAGGCUCCGUUCUCCGUCGUUCCUUCAACAUGCAACCGAUCAAGCCGUGCUUCACUCUGCCUGGGUCGUACUUGUCCUAAGGUUAUGCCAGGAGAAAAAUUUCACCAUUUUCGAUCCGUUUGUUGGUCACUUUGCUUCGAUGAUCGCAACCGCGCAGUUCUUCCUGCGCUUCUCCAAGGACGAGACGCUGGCGAUCAAUGCUGCCAGAGACUUCGAGAUGCUGAGAAGCUACGUUGAGACAAUGGCAAACACCCACAGUCAUCUGCUGCACACUGUAAGUUUGAAGUGCAUCGCCUGCCGUUGCGACUUUGACACUAAUCCUUUGCAGGUUUCGAAGCUGACUAGACUUGCACACUUCGCUACAUCACAAGUUGACGCGGGCCUCAAUAACCCACCAAAGGUCGAGACAGCACUGUUGUGGGAUCUCCUCGACUAUGCUGUGUCCUCAUCGCCUAUAGUCGACGGUGGCGACUCAUCUGACAAUGUGGAACUGAAUGUGAACACUCAAUUCCUAUCCCCGAUAAACCCAGAUGCACCGUUGCCGCGGGCAGCCGGCUCACAAGAGCUCAGCUUGUCUGGCCAAAAUAUGUGGAGUGAUGCAACCUUCGAAUUCGAUAUGGCGGAUAUUGACAUGUCCGCGUUGAUGGUGCAAAACGAGGCUUGGACCGGUGGCCACCUUUGA